GUUUGUGGCACCCGCGGGAAGUAGCUGUAGACUGCGGCCGCAACAGGACUCCGCGGAGCCCAGCCAGCCCACCAGACGGCAGUCUUCUGGGCCUCUCUCCUGAGAGGAUCGCGACCAAGAUGUGGUUUGGCGGAUCUGAAAGCUAUAGCACCUCCUCCUUUGGCGGAGUCAGCGGCGGCUACACACAGUCCCCGGGGGGCUUCGGAUCGCCGACACCUUCACAGGCAGAAAAGAAAUCAAGAGCCCGAGCCCAGCACAUCGUGCCCUGUACGAUCUCUCAGCUGCUUUCUGCCACUCUGGUUGACGAAGUGUUCAGAAUUGGGAAUGUUGAGAUUUCACAGGUCACUAUUGUGGGUAUCAUCAGGCACGCAGAAAAGGCUCCAACCAACAUUGUUUACAAAGUAGAUGACAUGACAGCUGCUCCCAUGGACGUUCGCCAGUGGGUUGACACAGAUGAUGCCAGCAGUGAAAACACAGUGGUUCCUCCAGAAACGUACGUAAAAGUGGCUGGCCAUCUGAGAUCUUUUCAGAACAAAAAAAGCCUGGUAGCCUUCAAGAUCAUGCCCCUGGAGGAUAUGAACGAAUUCACCACACACAUGCUGGAAGUAGUCAAUGCACACAUGAUCCUGAGCAAAGCUAACAGCCAGCCCUUAGGAGGGAGAGCACUGAUCGGCAAUCCAGGAAUGAGUGAAGCAGGGAACUUUGGUGGGAAUAGCUCCAUACCGGCAAAUGGCCUCACUGUGGCUCAAAACCAGGUGCUGAAUUUGAUUAAGGCUUGUCCAAGACCUGAAGGAUUAAACUUUCAGGAGCUCAAGAACCAGCUGCAGCACAUGUCUGUAGCCUCGAUAAAGCAAGCUGUGGAUUUUCUUAGCAACGAGGGACACAUCUAUUCCACUGUGGACGAUGAUCAUUUUAAAUCCACAGACGCAGAGUAACUGGUCUGAUUGAUUGCCCGAGCUCAACUUUGGACAAUUGACAGAAUGUAGACCUGGGUGGACUUUCUUAAAGAAGUUGCAAACAUACAGCACCGGGACAAAUGGAAGUGGAAGAAAGAUGCUACCAAGAGGGUUGGGCAGUAUUGCUUAAGUUACACCCAGGAGUUUCUACUCCUAACGUGUUUCCUUUUGAAAGAAGAAGAGCAGGACCAGGGCCUUCGGCUGGGAGCUAGCCGAGAAACCCACUGACCUCUGUCUGCUUUUGUGCCUCCUCCACCUUUGGUUACGUGGUGAUGUUUUCAGAAUUGCGCUUUCCUUCACCUUGUGGCCGCUGCCGAAAGUGUGUCGUGAACAUGAAGUUCUAGAGUGGUGGCCUCGUGAGGGCAGGAGAAAGAGAUGUUCUUUCAGCUUCAUACAAAAUAAGUACAUCCAUAUGUCUAAUAAAAUAAUUCUAUUGCA